GGAGUCGGCCGCUAAUGCUCACAGCGCAGUCCUCCAUGGCGCGGGUGCUGAUCGUGGGCGCCGGGCUGACCGGAAGCUUGUGCGCAGCGCUCCUGAGGAAGGUUGUUUCCGGUCCUCUGUACCUCGCCGUGUGGGACAAGGCUGGGGACUCAGGGGGAAGAAUGACUACUGCCAGCAGUCCUCAUAAUUCACAGUGCACAGCUGAUUUGGGUGCUCAAUAUAUCACCUGCACUCCUCAUUAUGCCAAAAAACACCAAACUUUUUAUGAUGAAUUAUUAGGCCAUGGCAUUUUGAAGCCUCUGACCUCUCCUAUUGAAGGAAUGAUGAUAAAAGAAGGAGACUGUAACUUUGUGGCACCUCAAGGAAUUUCUUCAAUUAUUAAGCAUUACUUGAAAGAAUCAGGUGCAGAAGUCUACUUUAGACAGUGUGUGACCCAGAUCAACCUGAGAAAUGACAAGUGGGAAGUCUUCAGGGAAACAGGCUCCCCUGAGCAGUUUGAUCUUGUUGUCCUCACCAUGCCAGUUCCUCAGAUUCUACAGCUUCAAGGUGACAUUGUGAACUUAAUUAGUGAAUGCCAAAGGCAGCAACUGGAGUCUGUGAGCUACUCCUCUCGCUAUGCUCUGGGCCUCUUUUAUGAAGCUGGCACGAAGAUUGACGUCCCUUGGGCUGGGCAGUACAUCACCAGUAAUCCCUGCAUACGCUUCGUCUCCAUUGAUAAUAAGAAGCGCAAUAUAGAGUCAUCAGAAAUCGGGCCUUCCUUGGUGAUUCACACCACUGUCCCUUUUGGAGUUACAUACUUGGAGCAUAGCAUCGAGGAUGUGCAGGAGUUAAUCUUCCAGCAGUUGGAAAACAUUUUGCCAGGUUUGCCUCAGCCAGUUGCUACCAAAUGCCUGAAAUGGAGACAUUCACAGGUUACAAAUGCUGCUGCCAACUGUCCUGGUCAGAUGACUCUUCGUCUCAAACCUCUCCUAGUGUGUGGAGGGGAUGGAUUUACUCAGUCCAACUUUGAUGGCUGCAUCACUUCUGCCUUAAGUGUUCUGGAAGCUUUAAAAAAUCAUCUUUAGUACCUGUAUUCUUAUUGUCUACAUUUUAUUUUUGUUUUCACAAUUUUCUGUUGUCAGUUAUUUAGUUUCUAUUUUGUUGAGAAAACUUCCUGGAAAAUUAUUCUUCACUUAUGGUCAUUUUUCAUAUAGAGUAUAAAAUCAAUUUUAUAAUUGUGAUAGUUAUAGCCCAUAUAAGAAUGAAAACUCUUUGUACCUUACACCUUUCCCCACUUUUCUGAAUUUCUGUGACCAAUCCUUACUGGAGGAAAAAUGGUGCUUUAGAAUGACAAAUAGACUCCCCCAAAAGUUAUAUUAAAACAGAAGUAACAGUUUGUGUGCCAAAACCUCAAUUAUCCUCUUGAAAUCAGUUCUGAAUAAAGAAUAAUCAUCAUGAAGACCUUGUUUUAGGUCUUCAACUGUAUCCUUCAAUUAACAUUUUUGCAAAUUACUGAACUAUAAGAUUUCUCGGAACCUAGUAUAAUUUUUCUUUCUCCUUUUCAAGUUAUUAAAUGAUAUGAAUUGUAGGUUAUAUGUGUCAUCAUUUUAGGUUUGCAGUUUGGAGGGCAACUUGACUGACAGAGGAAUCUACCUAUAGAUUUUUAGAAAAUAGUAAGAUUUACCUUGAUUUUCCAAGUCACACAGUACUUCCUAUACUUAAAACAAAUCUGUCUUAAUAUGAAAGAUAAAAAUUAAAUGGAAACUGAGAGAAAACAUAUCAGUCUUAACAUUUGUAUAUCCUGUGGCUGGUGCUGUUACAUUUCUGUACUCUCCAGCAUGUGCUGUGGCAUUUAGACUGUGUCAAGUUUAAUGAGAUUUUUGUUGUCCAACAAAAAAAUUACUGAACCAGAAAAUAGAUGCACUUAAAAUAGUUCAAUAUUUGCCAACUUAGUAAUUCAGCAUAUCACCCACAUGCUUCAAUGGCUUGACCCCAUGACUUGCUGGCUGAAGAGAAAUUAUACCUGGCCUUUCAAAUAAGCUACCUGUUGCUAAUUUGAAAAAUAAAAUGAUGAGUUCUAUUGUAUAUCAAAAGGAAAGAAAUUGUUGCAGCCUCCUAAACUAAGUUUGGCAGAAGAAUUCUUACCUUGGUAGUGUUUAAGGAUUUACACCUACAGGCCCACUCUUAUACAUACACAAAUACAGGUACAUGUGGGACUUGCUUAAGUAUCUACAAAGUGGAUUCUGUGAUCCUAUUGUUUCCUUUUGGCAAUUAAAUGAUUAAAAAAAUAAACUAAAAUGCCUACA